AUGUUGGCGUACGGUACCGGUAGUCACGCUACGUAUACCGGUACGAAGAACUUUGCAAAGAAUCAAGGCAUCCAUCCAUUUCCUCCGCAAAAACGAUUACUGCGACCCUACUCUACCUUCCAUCGUACAUACAUGACUAGUACAGUCCAUGCUCACGACCACAGCCGCAUGAAUCCAAAGCACCGCACCGACAUGAACGUCAACGCCCUGGCCGCAUAUCGCUCACCGAUAAACCGUCCAAGCAUCACGCAUGGACUAGGCACGAUACCAACCUCCACGAUCCAAUCCGAUGCACUGCAAAUGCCACUAUUUCGAACCGCCCCGGGUUCCAUGUCUCGGCUGGAAUCGGUACAACCAGGAGAGAAUGGUGUAGUACAGAGAAGAGCUGCAGAUCUGGCUUACGGUCUGCCGACAUGGCUACACCGCUGCUCUGCACGGCCGGGGAUGGAGCUUGUGUAG